ACUAGACUCACGGGCUUAGAGCCAGUGCCAUUCACACUUCCCCCUUUUCCCCAGCAGAUGAACAGAGUUCCUCUAAUCCCUAUGCACCUUCUCUCCCAUCUCUCUAAAACCUUUCUCUGAAGGAGGAACAACUAUAGCUGUGGGGAUAAUACAGCUUUAAGGAAACUUUUGGCAGAUGCGGACGUUCUAACAUCUGGGCAGUGUUAACAGAAUCCCGGAGGCCCAGACAGACCAGGAGCCACUCGUUCUAGGAAUGUUAAAAUAGAAGGUUUUUCCAACUGAUGAGAAGAGCAGAGAGGAAGGAAAAAGAGGAGAGAGAAAGCAAGCACAAAAGACCAUACAACAGGUGCUGUAUUUCUGCUUUCCCUCACUUAUGGAAACUCACUGAUGGCUGACUUCUGAAAGUCAUUUUUUAUUGCCCUGGCACUUCGGGUUACAUACCUGUAUUCUUAUCUCCCUAACUCUCCCUUUCAAGGAUGGCAAGCCAACUAACUCAAAGAGGAGCUCUCUCUCUGCUGCUCUUCCUAACUCCAGCAGUGACACCAACAUGGUAUGCAGGUUCGGGCUAUUAUCCAGAUGAAAGCUACAAUGAAGUAUAUGCAGAAGAGGUUCCACAGGCUCCCUCCCUGGACUACCGAGUCCCCAGGUGGUGUUAUACAUUAAAUAUCCAGGAUGGAGAAGCCACAUGCUACUCACCAAUAGGAGGAAAUUAUCACAGCAGCCUGGGAACACGUUGUGAGCUCUCUUGUGACCGAGGCUUUCGACUGAUUGGACGGAGGUCUGUGCAAUGCCUGCCAAGCCGUCAUUGGUCUGGAACUGCCUACUGCAGGCAGAUCAGAUGCCAUGCACUGCCAUUCAUCACUAGUGGCACUUACACCUGCACAAAUGGGGUGCUUCUUGACUCCCGGUGUGACUACAGCUGUUCCACUGGCUACCACCUGGAAGGUGACCGCAGCCGAAUCUGCAUGGAAGAUGGGCGAUGGAGUGGAGGCGAGCCUGUAUGUGUAGACAUAGAUCCCCCCAAGAUACGUUGUCCUCACUCACGUGAGAAAAUGGCAGAACCAGAGAAACUGACUGCUCAAGUAUACUGGGACCCACCCUUGGUGAAAGAUUCUGCUGAUGGUACCAUCACCAGGGUGACACUUCGAGGACCUGAGCCUGGCUCUCAAUUUCCUGAAGGAGAGCACGUGAUACGUUAUACUGCCUAUGACCGAGCAUACAACCGGGCCAGCUGCAAAUUCAUUGUGAAAGUACAAGUGAGACGGUGCCCAACUCUGAAACCACCACAGCAUGGCUACCUCACCUGCACCUCAGCAGGAGACAACUAUGGUGCCACCUGUGAAUACCACUGUGAUGGAGGUUAUGAGCGCCAGGGUACCCCCUCCCGGGUCUGCCAAUCCAGCCGCCAGUGGUCAGGAUCACCACCUAUCUGCGCUCCUAUGAAGAUUAAUGUCAAUGUUAACUCAGCUGCUGGUCUUCUCGAUCAGUUCUAUGAGAAACGGCGACUCCUCAUCAUCUCAGCUCCUGAUCCUUCCAACCAAUAUUAUAAAAUGCAGAUCUCUAUGCUACAGAAAUCUACCUGUGGACUGGAUCUGCGGCAUGUGACUAUCAUCGAGCUGGUGGGGCAGCCACCUCAGGAGGUGGGGCGCAUCCGGGAGCAACAGCUGUCAGCCAACAUCAUUGAGGAACUCAGGCAAUUUCAGCGCCUCACUCGCUCUUACUUCAACAUGGUGUUGGUUGACAAGCAGGGUAUUGACAGAGAACGCUACAUGCAACCUGUCACCCCCGAGGAAAUCUUCACAUUCAUUGAUGACUACCUACUGAGCGACCAGGAGUUGACCCAACGCCGGGAGCAAAGGGACGUAUGCGAGUGAACUUGAGCCAGGGCAUUGGUUGGGUUCAAGGAAAAAACUGGGGACGUAUGCGAGUGAACUUGAGCCAGGGCAUUGGCUGAGUUCAAGGAAAAAACUCUAGUUAGCUGAAGUUGAGGGAUAAAAAAAUUAGGAAAUGGUUUCCCACAAUUCUAGGGACAGGACUCUUGACGUGGGUGAGGUUUGCCAAUCCAGAAGUUUCUAAGCAUCUUUUUAGGGCUGUGUAAUACUAUGGCUAAGCUAGUGUUUGCUUCAGGUAGCACUGCAAAAACACAAGAAGCUAGGUAGGGGAAUGAGGACAGGCCCUGGGCAGGUGGGUUGGGGGUAGAAAGCUUUCCUUUCCUAACCUGGGUCUUAGCCCAGUUCUCCAAAUUCUUUCAGUAAAUCCUAAACUCACUAACCGGCUGUUUUAACUGAUUCUUUACCGUGAGAUGACAGCAGGGGGCAGCACCAUCACAACCACCAGGACACUUUAAGCAAGUGUAGCUUUCCUUUCAGCUUAAACUAUAUCAUGGGACAGGGGUGGAGGGGGCUACAAAACAUCCUUAAACCUACUUACCAUUUUCCCUUCUCAGGCCUUGGGCUUCAAAUGUUACCUGUACCAUUGCUUCACUUAAGAGUUAGGAAAACACUACAGUGGGAGAUUAGCUUGAGAAAUUCAGUCAGAGCAGAAUGCUCUCUCCUGCCCCUCCAGCUGGCUCAUGGGCAAGGACCUCUUCUUCCUGUGGCCUCCAGUUCCCAUAGCAAAGGGCAGGCAAUGAUGUUAUUUCCUUGGAGGAGACCCCAGCCUGUUAUCUAGGAGACUUAAAAACCACUACUACAGGGCGGCACCUGUGGCUCAGUGAGUAGGGCGCCGACCCCAUAUACCAAGGGUGGCAGGUUCAAACCUGGCCCCUGCCAAACUGCAACAAAAAAUAGCCAGGCAUUGUGGUGGGUGCCACAAGUAGUCCCAGCUACUCAGGAGGCUGAGGCAAGAGAAUCACCUAAGCCAAGGAGUUGGAGGUUGCUGUGAGCUGUGACCCCUACAGCACUCUACCAGGGUGAUAAAGUAAAACUCUAUCUCUACAAAAAAAAAAAAGUAAAUGUGGGAUCUGGCUAUCAUCAUGUGGGGCCACACAAAGAUCCCUGCUCUGACUUCAGUCCCACUCAAUGGUAUGCCAUAGUUUUAAAAUGUUCUCCCCAUUGUCUUGUUUUAUAUACUCAUGGAACCCAGAGUUACAGCGAAGACUCAGCAGUCUUCCUCCUUCAGCUUUACCCAAAGGGUGAUCAGUGGAAGACUAGAGAGGAGAAGGCAGCAGGCUGGGUGGGGAGGCUUGAACAUUCACUGUGUGCCAUAUGAAAUGCUCUA